AGCGCUGAUGUUGUCAGUUGUCUAGACACGGUUUUACCGCAAUUUCCCGCAGUUCCAACGCAGCGUUUAGCGAUUUUGACGCAAAUUUCAAAGUCAGUUAUUUUCAACUUUAACUGAGAAUUAAAUCAAGGGCAGAGGCACAAAGGCGACCAUGGGUGUGGCAUCGAUGAGCAACGGGAUGCUGGCACUGCCCCUACUGGCCUUGGCGCUCUUCGCCGGCUGUAUUCUCCACGUGGAUGCAUACUCCAAGUAUGGCCGUGGAUGCGGGGACAUCGGCUGCCUGCCCACCGAGGAGUGCAUCAUAACCAGCGACUCGUGCAGCUACAACCAGCGGGACGGCAAGGACUGCGGCAGCUAUCCCACCUGCAAGCGGCGCUCCGGCGGAGGAUCCGUCAACAGCAGCCCCAACCAGGCAGCGCCCUCGGCCAAUCCGUCAGAGGUGAGCCAUAACGCAUACGCCCCGAAUGCCCCCAGUGCCCCGCUGCCAGAUGCGGACGCGGGCAGCAACCCGAACGGAAACGGCGGAUACGGUGGUGGCUUCUCGGCUGGCGGUCAUUCCCUGUACCCCACUCUCCCCAAUGCGAACUCCGGCGGUGGAAUGGGUGGAAAUGCUGGCAACAAUGUUGGUGGCGGCGGCGGCUACAAUCCCUACGCUGGUGGUGGUGGUGGCGGCAACGGCGGCUACAAUCCCUACAAUGGCAGCUAUCAGCCUGGCAAUGGCGGCUAUCAGCCCGCUCCUGGUGGCUAUCAACCCGCUCCUGGCGGUUACCAGCCUGCUCCGGGCGGCUACCAGCCGCGUCCUGGCUAUACACCGCCUGCCCCCGGCUACGAGAACAAUGGUGGCGGCGGCGACCAGAAACCCAAAGACAAGAACGGCGGCUUCUUCUCCAACUUCUUCUCGAAUCCGGCGGUGAGUCAAGCGGUCUCCGGUAUCAUUGCAGGCCAGAUAGCCAAGCAGCUGCAGGGUGGCGGAGCCAACGGCGGCGGCGGAGCUAAUGGAGGAGGAGGAGCUGCCUAUCAGCCCAGCGGUGGCUAUGGCGGCGGAUCUCCAGCUGGAGGCGGCGGCGGCUCUUCGGGCAGCAACAUCCUGGGCGGCCUGCUUGGGUCCGUUCUGUCCGGCGGUGGAGGCAAUGCCGGAGGCGGUGCUGGCGGCGGAGCUGGCAGCUUCCUGGGCAGCCUGCUCAGCGGCGGCAAUACCAAUCGAGGUGGAGCCAUGGGAGGCGGCGGCGGUGGCGGUGGCCUGGGCGACAUCUUCAGCUCCAAGAACUUUGGCGGUCUGUUCAGCGAGAAUCCUUCGUCCAGGGGCGGCGGCGGCGGCGGCUCCUCCGAUGGCUACUCCUCCAGCAAUGGCGGAGCCAAGAGCUAUCCCACCCAGGCGCCGGGUAACUACUACGGCUAAGGCGCAGGACACCCAUCAUAAUCUUUCUUUUGUUCUUUGGCAACAUAAUCAAAUGGAGAACUUUCAAGGCAAACAAAUUUAACUGAAACAAUAUUGAAAUAUAUAAGCAUAUUAUACGUAACUAUUAACGAAGUUUAUACAAAUACACAAUACAACAUAUAUAUAUAUACAGCAUAUAUACCCGAUUCUUGAGAGCGGUGUGUAGAAACAGCAAGUCCCCAUUCGGAGUUCAUUUGUAAAUAGAGAAGAUUCUGAAACUGAAAUUGAACAAUAUAAUACAUAUACGUAAGAAUUGAAAGCCAA